AUGAACAGGUUCAAAAUGUUAACCAGCUGGUUAACUUUCACAGCUCUUUUGGCUGCUUCAGCGAAUCCAGACAGAGCAGCUAUUGGCCGGGCCACUCCGGCCGUCGCACCGACCCGCAGGGUCAAAGGUCAUCCAGGGGAAGAGCUGACGUUAAACUGUGGAGACAGAACCAACGCAGGUGAGGUGCAGUACUGGCACACCCCCUUUGGAGACGUCCAGUCCUCAGGGUUCCACAGUAAACUGGACCCUGUGUUCAUGCACCCUGACGGGAGCUUGGUGGUCCCCAACAGCAGCGUCCUACACAGCGGCCUGUACUACUGCCUCCUGCAGCACACAGAGGGAGCUACGCUGUGGCCGUACCAGCUUCAUGUCGGCCCCGAGAACCAAGAGCACCCCGAAUAUAGGCAGGGUGAUGCGUUCAGGUUCAGGAGGGAUGUUGGGCCCGUGGAGGAGAGGCAGGCAGAAGGUGUUUCAGACGGGCAGUUUGCAGGAGCGGUAGCGGCAUCGGUGCUGCUGACGUUUGUGCUGGGCUUCAGCGCCGGAGCUCUGAGCAGGACUCAUGUUCUCAGGUGUUUAGGGGCAGUCACUACGAGGUUACAAUCACCACGGAAACUAUGCCCAACUGACACACAGGACCACGGCACUGAGGUCACCGCGACAACCCUGCCGCACACGUACGGCGACCAGGUCUUUGAGAUGGUGCAGAACGAUGACAACGAGGCAGAUUGUGCAACAACGGAGACGGCGAUUCCGUCGACAACCACAUCGUCCCCUAACAAGCCUCAGAGAAGCUUCCGGCAGAAACGACAGGAGGAGCCGGGGGAAACCACGGCCUACCUGGAGGCAUGUGACCACGUGAAAGACGACGAAGAGGAGGAGGAGCAGACGGAGGUGAACAAAGGGUGUGAUGUGGAGGCAGAGGACGGAAUAGAGUUCAGAGGUUUUUAUCUAUUAGGGGAGGAUGGAGGGAGUCCAACCGGAAGAGAUGGAAAGGAGUGCAGUGAGGACGCGGAGAAGAAAGAUGGGAGAGAAGGCACGGAGGAAAUGAAAGAAUGGAGGCAGGGAGAGGUGGAGGAAGAAGGUGAGAAUGGGAGCAAGGAGGAUGGAGAAGAGAGGAAAACAGAAGGAGGAGGUGAACCCUCGUUCUCCGCCGGGCGUCGCAGACGCGUCAUUCGCCUGUACCAGUACGACGACGACGGCCAGCGAUACGGUCACCUGCCAGACCCCGCCCCCGAUGAGCCGGGCCCCGCCCCCAGGCUCAAACAGCGCUCGCUCUCUCUGACGCGCCUCAACGCCAUCAUGGCCGCCGCCUCUGCAGGGCCGCUGGACACGAGAGAGACGGGAGAGACGGGGAGGGAGGAGAGAGAGGAGAAGCCACACUUCCACAUGGAGAUAUAA